AAAAAUAAUCAAACAAGAUAAAAAAAAGGGAAAAUGACUGAAAACAUUAAAUUAAAUGUAGUAUUGAAUUAAAUUGAAGUGGAAAAACAUGUUCCAACAAUUAAUUUUGAGUUUAUUAAUUUUAAUUAUUAAUAGUUCCGCUUUAAACAUAGAAGAUGUAAAUGUAAUUUCAUUUUCAAAUGAAAUUGAAUUAUGGACAAAUUUAAACCAUGAAAGAGAAUUGUUCAAGAAUAUGAUCAAUUUUUUAAAGAUUCCCACAGAACUUCAAAACUCUGAUUGGAGAUCUUUUCCAGCUAAUUCAAGUACCAAAAUAUGUAUAAUAUGUAAAACAAUUUUAACAACAUUUAUAAAUUUACGACAUAAAGGAAUGUCUGAAGAAGAUAUAAGAAACAAUGUAAUUAAUUUAUGUGUGCUUUUAAACAUCCAAACAGAAAGAGUAUGUAAAGGAGUCAUUGAAUCAAAUUUGCCUAUUAUUUUGUAUAUAAUAGAUUCCAAACCAAAUCUAACAGCUAAUACAAUUUGUGGUGUUGUCCUAGAAUCCAAAUCUUGUCCUUUAAAUGAUUCUAAAUUUGAUUGGAAUAUUGAUAUUAAUAACAAUUUUAAUAUAACAAUUACUGAAAAUGAAACACAAGAACAAAUAAAAAUUUUACAAAUAACGGAUUUGCAUUAUGAUCAUAUCUAUGAAAUAAAUGGUAAUGCAAAUUGUGGAGAACCAGUUUGCUGCCGAAAAAAUCAAAAUAAAACUAAUAUAUCUUCAUUUGCUGGAUUUUGGGGAGAUUAUCAAUCCUGUGAUACUCCAUGGCAUGCAAUUAUUGAUGCUUUACAUCACAUGAAGGAUACACAUCAGGAUGUAGAUUUUAUAUAUUUUACUGGUGAUAUAAUAGACCAUGGAGUAUGGGAGACUUCAAAGGAAGGAAAUAUUCAAAAUCUUAUAAAAAUGUAUGAUUACAUUCAUAAUCUUUUUAACAAUACUAUAAUGUAUCCAGUACUUGGAAAUCAUGAACCACAUCCUUUAAAUCAAUUUGCACCAAAAAAUAUAACACAAGACAAUUUAACUACAAAUUGGCUUUAUAAAUUAAUGGCAGAUUUAUGGAUUGGAUAUGGUUGGUUACCAGAAUCUACGCGUUCCACAAUACUUCAAGGAGGAUAUUAUACUGUUAUCCCACAAAAAGGAUUUAGAAUUAUAGCCUUAAAUAGUAAUAUUUGUUAUUCUUACAAUUGGUGGCUUUGGUAUAAUCCAAAAGAUCCUAAUAAUCAACUGCAAUGGCUUCUAAAUAUUCUUUCUGAAGCAGAAAAGAAUAAUGAAUUUGUUCAUAUUUUAUCCCAUAUACCUUUUAAUAGUAAUAGUUGUUUUAAGACAUGGAAACGAGAAUACUUAAGAAUAAUUGAUAGAUUCUCCCAUUUAAUUAAAGCUGAAUUUAAUGGACAUACUCAUAAUGAUGAAAUAGCAAUAUUUUAUAAUUCUGAUAAUAAACCAAAACAUAUUGGUUGGAAUGGUGGUAGCAUAACAGCUUAUUCAAAAUUGAAUCCGAAUUAUAAAAUAUAUAUAGUGAAUUGUAGUAAUUAUGCAGUAAUUGAUUAUCAAAAUUGGAUGUAUGAUCUUAGUUUUGCCAAUAAAAAUAUCCAUGUUAGACCAAUCUGGUAUAAAUCAUAUUCCUUUAAAAAAGAAUAUAACCUUAUUGAUUUAUCUGCCAAAUCUUUAAGUGAUUGGCUCUCUAUAGCAGCAAAGAAUGAAACAUUAUUAAACAAAUAUUAUAGGAAUUUUUAUAAGCAAGCAGAACCUUCAUUGCAAGAAAAUUGUGAUUUAAAUUGUAAAAAACAAUAUUUGUGUAAUAUAAUUGUGGGUUCAGAAACUAAAUUAUGUAAUAUUUUAAUAAGUUAAUUAUUAUUAAUUAUAUUAUUAAUUAUAAAUAAUUAAAAUAAAAGAUGAAAUUUUGAUAUAUA